UGAUUUUAAAGCUCUCCAGAGGAGCAGUUUCUGCUCCACUGAGUCCUCUCCUCUGUGAUUCUGCGCCUUUAUUUAGUCUUUCCUGUUAUCUGGACGGCGAGCUGACACUCGGCGCUCUGAGAGGAGGACAAACGGACGCACGGACGGAGGAAGGGAGGGAGGGCGGAAAGGGUGAACUGUCAGACAGAGUUGUUUGUUUCCCUCCUCCCUACGGCUACCUGCCCAUCACUGCUACCCAGCCGCCUGCGUCUCGUGGAUCUAUCUCCGCUGUGGGUGACAGCCCGGAAGACGAGGGGAAACCUGUUCUCCUCUGCUCCCUGGGGAGCCUUCAAGUCAUCCCUCCAUCCUUCUGGCUGGCUGUAGAGGACCUCUGCUCUCCUAGUCUGCUUUUCUACAUCAUGAACAAGAUGAAGAACUUUAAGAGACGGUUCUCGUUGUCAGUCCCACGCACUGAGACCAUCGAGGAGAAUGAGUUCACUGAACAGAUCAACCAGCUCAACAUAAGGCACACCCAGGGGCUGACUCCGGACCGACUCGGUCCUCCAUCUCACGACGCCAGCCCAGUGAGCCCUGAGGCCACCACACCAGGAGCUCACUCUCCGUCCCACCUGCACUACCACAGCCAGGCCCAGCACAGGCGCUUUUCCAUGGAAGACGUCAGUAAGCGGAUGUCUCUGCCCAUGGACAUCCGCCUGCCUCCGGAGUUUCUCAAAAAACUGCAGCAGGAAAGCGAAAACUCCCCCCUCUGCAGGCCACUCAGCCGCACGUCCCGACGCGCCUCACUGUCUGAUAUAGGAUUUGGGAAACUGGAAACGUAUGUGAAGCUUGGCAAACUGGGUGAGGGGACAUACGCCACCGUUUUUAAAGGAAGGAGCAAACUAACGGAGAACCUAGUGGCCCUGAAGGAGAUCCGUCUGGAGCACGACGAGGGAGCUCCUUGCACUGCUAUCAGAGAAGUGUCUCUGCUGAAGAACCUCAAACACGCCAACAUCGUCACGCUGCAUGACAUCAUCCACACAGACCGCUGCCUCACCCUGGUGUUCGAGUAUCUGGACAGUGACCUUAAACAUUACUUGGACAACUGUGGAAAUCUCAUGAGCAUGCACAACGUCAAGAUCUUCAUGUUCCAGCUGCUGCGCGGUCUCUCCUACUGCCACAAAAGAAAAAUCCUCCACAGAGACCUGAAGCCUCAGAACCUUCUCAUCAACGACAAGGGCGAGCUGAAGCUGGCCGAUUUUGGUCUGGCUCGGGCCAAAUCCGUCCCCACAAAGACCUACUCCAACGAAGUGGUGACUCUUUGGUAUCGGCCCCCCGAUGUGCUCCUGGGCUCUACGGAAUACUCCAUGCACAUCGACAUGUGGGGGGUGGGUUGUAUACUGUAUGAGAUGGCAACGGGUCGCCCGAUGUUUCCUGGUGCCACGGUGAAGGAGGAGCUACACUUGAUUUUUAGACUCAUGGGUACUCCAACCGAAGAGACUUGGCCUGGUAUUAGCAGUAAUGAGGAGUUCAGGUCUUACCUCUUUCCUCAGUACAGAUCUCAAGCUCUCAUCAACCACGUACCUCGGUUGGACACGGAGGGAAUUGAUCUGCUGUCAGCUUUCCUGCUGUAUGACACCAGGACCAGAAUCUCGUCUGAAGCGGCUCUACGCCACGCCUACUUCCUGAGUUUGGGGGAUGCCAUACAUCAUCUUGCUGACACUGCUUCAGUGUUCUCUCUCGGAGAGCUGCUGCUCCAGAAAGAUCCAGGCCAUCGUAGCUCAGUAUUCCAGCCUUUAGGCCGAGGAAAGAAUCGAAGACAAAGCAUCUUCUAGGAGACGCAGAGAAGAAGAAGAAGAAGGAAGACAUGAAUGGAGAGAAGCUGCCUUUCAAAUCCAGAUCAUCAAGGCCAACUAAAGCUCAACACAUUGAGCAAACAUCCUCAGCAACCUUACACACACACACAUACACCCACACACACACACACACACGCACACGCACACACAUGCAUAGCAUCACAAAGACAGCUUUUUCACUCAUUGCCAUGGCAGCUGAACUUGAAGGCCCAUCCUCUUUCUGAAGAUAAAAAUGUUCUGCACUUAAACAGACCUUAUUCAAUCUUCUUCCAAACACACACACACCAACACAGACACACACACUUGCAGCACAUAAAUCCUGAACACUUUUGCACUACAAGAAACGCUGCACAUAUCAGAGUAAUUUGUUUCCCCCCCUUUGAUGCCUCAGACAAAAAAGGGACUGUAUAAUAAUUAGCUUUGAAAACUGAAAAAUUGAACAAAGUCGAUCAUUUUUGCUAUUCUUGACUAGUCAAAUUCUAAAGCCUGCUUGUAGUUUUUACAAAAAAGACUGAAGCAUACCAGCAAGUUGUGUUCUCUGAGUGAGGUCUCCUUAGUGUCAGUCCAGUUUGGUGGCUCCUCCACCCCUCUGACUCCCAUUCAUCCUUUCUUCUACUCAUCUUCCACAAGCUCUGCCUCUGCCUUUCUGCCUCCUGUUGGACCGCUGUCCCUCUGCUGUCCUCCUAAUCUAGAAUAGAAAUGUUAGAACAUUGUACAACAAAUACAGUAUAUUAUAUUUUUUGUACAAAUACAGAAAAAAUGCUUAACUGUCAAUUUGUAUACAUGCUAAUGUUAGCAUAUUAGCAUGUUAAUACAAAGCAAACAAUAUGUGAGCUAACAUUUAACCUGGUUGGGCCUGACCACUGAGCCCAGUAUCAAAAAUCUGACCUUUUUCUGGACACUGAAUGUUACCAUGCCUAAUAAAGCUGCUGUAGGUGUGUGUGUGUGUGUGGGUGUGUGGGGGUGUGUGUGUGUGUGUGUGGAUGCUGUUGCUGUGUGAAGAGAAGACUCAAAGUUAGCUUUUUCUGCAGCAGCGAGACAUUUAAACAGAAAUUGGAGCUAGCACAGAACUCUGAGAAGGUACUUAAAACAAAACCAGGUUUUCUGCUGUAUCAAGAGAGAAAGAUUUCUUCAGCAGAAAACAGGAAGGACGAAAGGAGCCAUCUGUGUUCUAUCUGAUGGGGGGGGAAAAAACUACUUUUCAGGGACAUGUUUGUCUCAUUUCUGAAUGAGGUCUUUGGAAAUGUGACCAAAAAAACAAACUAAUAAGCUUCAAGAUGUAUUUAGUGAGCCUAUGAAUAAAAAUGUAUCAAUGCCACGAUGCUGUUGAUUUGCGUGUGGUUUUCCUUGGAGACACAGCUUUUGUCUGAUGGGUAACAACUACCACAUGUAUUUCACUUAAAUCAUUAGUGUUUAUCCAGAGAGAGAGAGGGCGGAAAGGCAGAGAGAACUUGUGGAAAAUAAGCCAACUCAGAUAUUGAAGAUAAGACACAGUUUUAUUGACUUGUGUAGAAGUUGCAUCUUGUCCAGAGGAAUCCUCAGCAGUUCAGCUUUCGCUGCCGUAGCUCUGAAGCUGUAUACACGGGCAUGAGGGCAGUCCUGACGAUAAACACUUAGCAUUCCGUCUUACCUCUGCUGACUAUCUUCCACCUUUCCACGAAAUCUGACCCUUUUGUGAAUAAUAAUCUCAACAGAUAAGAACCAACUCAGAAGGAGAAACUUGCCUUGUUACAGAACCCCCACUCCGGGCAUUUUCACCUUUACAGUGUUAACAGCUGAAUUUGAAGUUGCCUUAGUGAGCUGUGCAUGAUGCGUUGGCUUGUGAAGAGUCUAUAAUUGAUCUAGUGUAGCCAAUGUUUUGGGAAACCUUUACUUUGUGUCUGUAAAUAUUUUAGUCUCCUUUUUGCACAAACCAAAAGUGUCCUCUAAAGCCUGCUCCCUUCCCUUUAGUCCGUCUGUCCUUACACUGUUCCUAAAUAUGACCUGCUGACUUUCUCAGACUCCUUGCUCUGUGUCCAGCACAGUGAGAAAGGGAGUCAUACAGUUGUUUUUUUACGCAAUGUGCAUUAAAUAGGAUUCACUCUCCUGAUGUAUUUCACAGCUACAGCCUAGGCAGUUUUUAGCUGAAGAUAUGUAAAAAUCAUUAGCUUAAAAAAAAAUAAAAAUGAAGUAAUUGUAAAGCAGAAUUUUUGAUGAGAACAUGAAAAGUUGGUGACAUUUUUAAAUGUUUUUGAGUCAUUAUUCUAUAUUUACGUUGUAGAUUUUAACCUACAGGUUAAAUUUCUUAAGGUGGGAAACUGAUUUAGGUUCAUGAUAAACGUGCAGCUGAAGAAAUGAGCUGGAAAACAUUUAAAAAACAGCUUGGCUUGCCAACUGUGUCUAAUUAAAGGAACAGUCUGUAGGAUUCAGUGCCAUCUAGGGGAAAUAAUUGCCUUUGCCAAACAACAAAAACCUAAGCCCGUAUUUUAUUUAUGUUUACUUGGUAGCUCAAAAAAGCCAGCCAGAACCUUUCUGGGAAAGAGCCGUGUUCUGUUGGUUUGGUACAUAAAGAAAAGCAAAAAGGCGCCGACGUCCUGUAUCUAAACAACUGAACAAUAAUAGAUACUUGCUAAACAAAAUCGCCAAUCUGAGUUACACGCUUGAAAGCAUGUCAUACUGAUGAAAAAACUUUUAUUUUGAAGGUUACUGCUUCACACAUCUUGCUAGCUUCUUGCUAGCUUGAAUGAAGUAGCGAAUGGAGAGAACGAGUACUUUAAAGUAGUUUAACAAUCACUUCAGUGUACCUCAGACUAUGAGUUUUUUCUAUUAUAUUGAGAAUUAAUUACACAAUAAACAAACAAACAUCGGUAUGCCAACCCAACAGAACACUGGCAAUUGAUCGAAUGCCUGGUUUUCACUGAGCGGCGUGGUGCCCGGUCAGGUCGGCGCACUUUAGUACGCCGUGUCUGGUAUCCAUUUUAAAAGUGGUCAAUAUGAGCGACCCAUACUGGACCACUGCUUCAGGACAAUGGUACGAUACGGUUAGGGAGGAGCUACUGCCGUCACACAACACAGUGCAUUGACUGGGGGACAGAAAAAUGGCUCCUUGUAUGUGUCAGACCAUAAAAUAUCAUACCGAACUACACUGACCCGUGCCAUACCAUUUAGUGGAAGCAAGGCAAAAAGUGUAUCCCAAAAUACUACGCUUGGAACUUUGCAUUACAGACGCAAUGCUAAAUGUUCAGCUUGCGCUUUACUUGUUUCUUUAGAAUCAAUUGUUGUGGAGUAAAGAAAUGUUACCAUUGGAUUUGAUCUGACUAUGAAGGAAACAAAGCUGUGAACCAAAUAAUAUUGCUUCUCUACAGCUUUUAAUGAAGAUUUGCUAAAACUAACCGACAUCAGAGUCUUUAAGAUCACACCAGAGAGGAAGUAUUCCUGCAGACAAAGAGUCGUACGGCUCGUUUAAAUACAGCAGACAUGGCAGAACGUUGUCAGGAUGCCGUCUUUGGACGAUGAGUGCACAGAAAAAAAGCAUAUUGCCCCCAUAAAUGUCCUGUUUUAAUUUCUUUGUCACACUUAAAUGUUUCAGAUCAAACACAUUUAAUAUUUUGACAAUAACCAAAUUGAAUUUUCAACUAAUAAUUAGAUUUAUUAAGAUAAAUAAUUUCUUCCAAAUAACCUGUGAAGAAGUAUUUAGCCUCUUACAAAAAAAUGUUCUUACUUGUUGAAUAAAUAACACAAAAGUCCCUCACACAUCUACCAAUAAUAUAAAAUGGCAUAUUAUGGCCACUGUAGACAGAU